CUUUAGCUCGCUCGGUCGUUAGCGGUUUGUUAUCCAAACUGUGCACGUUUGCAAAUGAAUAACAAUUCAGAUAAGCAUUGUGAACAUGAACUAGAACAGAGUGGCGUUUUAUUUAAUAGUUGUUGUUUUUUUUUAAAAUAAGCGUUGUUAAAGUAAACUAGGUUGCUACUUACUAAAAGUAUUAUGCAGUUUGAUUGAACAUGCCUGAUGCGGCUAUGCAUAACGGAAACUCAGUCCUGAGUUGUCUUGGCCUCGAAGACCCAACACUUGCAAGACAUUUUAAAGGCCACAAAGAUGCGGUGACGUGUGCAGACUUCAGUCCCAACAACAAACAGCUGGCCUCUGGAUCCAGUGAUAAAACUCUAAUGAUAUGGAACCUCAACCCCAAAUCCAGAGCGUUCAGGUUUGUCGGUCAUCAGGAUAUUGUAACCUCCGUGCACUUCUCCCCAUCCGGCGAGCUGGUGGCUUCUGGAUCAAGGGACAAGACCGUGAGAUUAUGGACGCCCAACAUCAAAGGAGAGUCGACAAUGUUUAAAGCGCACACGGCCACCGUACGCAGCGUGAGCUUCUCCGCCGAUGGCCAGAGACUGGUCACUGCUUCGGACGAUAAGUCUGUGAAAGUGUGGGGCGUGCAUCGGCAAAAAUUCAUCUACUCCCUCAACCAACACACCAACUGGGUGCGCUGUGCCAGGUUUUCUCCAGACGGACGUUUGGUUGCGUCAUGCGGCGACGACAGGACGGUUCGUCUCUGGGACACGUCCACUCGCCUGUGCAUCAACACCUUCACCGAUUAUGGCGGGCCAGCAACGUUUGUGGACUUUAACAGCAGCGGAACCUGCAUCGCGUCCUCGGGAGCGGACAACACGCUGAAGAUCUGGGACAUUCGAACCAACAAACUCCUUCAGCAUUACCAAGUCCACAGUGCCGCCAUCAACAGCUUCUCCUUCCAUCCGUCGGGGAAUUAUCUGAUCAGCGGCUCCAGCGACAGCACGGUGAAGAUCGUGGACCUGCUGGAGGGACGACUGAUCUACACUCUCCACGGCCACAAGGGUCCGGUCCUGGCCGUGGCGUUCUCUAGAGAAGGAGACCUGUUUGCUUCAGGUGGAUGUGAUUGUCAGGUCCUCAUGUGGAAGACCAACUUCGAUGCUCUGAACUACAGGGAGAUGUUGAGCAGACACAGGAAGCGUGUGACUCCAGAUCCUCCUCCUCACCUGAGCGACAUCUUCCCCCGCUCUCCACACCUCCACCUCCCCCACGACUCAGCUGUGCAGAUUAACCCAGUAGUCGCUGACGUCCAUUCUGUUCACCCUCACGUGGUGGAGGUAGGAGAGGAUCCAUUCGAUCUGGGUGCAGGUAGACACACCAGAGGGAUCACAGACCCCAGUGAGCGGCCCAGCACCAGUGCAGGCCACCAGCCUGCCACUUUUACUGACACACGACACCGGGAAGAAGCUGUGGAAGAGGAAGAUCUGGAACCAGGGGUCACAGACUUGCAGGAGGAACGCUUUGGAACUUCUCCAGCUUUGAGAAGCACAUUGGAGCACAUCGUUCAGCAGCUCGACAUUCUGACUCAGACCGUGGCUGUACUGGAGGAGCGUCUCACACUGACCGAGGACAAGCUGAGAGACUGUCUAGACAACCAGACUGUUAUUCUGGAGCAGAUGCAGCAGCGGGACGAGUCACACAAAGAGAUAAGAGGCGCUGAGGGUCGAGCAGUUUGACACGAGGCCCAUCAUGAGCUUUCAGGGGUCAGAGAUGUUGUUCUGGAGUAGAAGAGACUCGCUCCUCCCUCUUCACAUCCGGGAACUGUCUUCACUUCAAAACGGAAAGAAAAGGAACAGAAGGAAUCUAAAGGAAGUGCGGGAUGGAGGUCGGAGGGCAGUGAGGGGUUAGAUCGUAGGGUUGGGGGGGGUUAACAGAUCCUGUAUCAGGCUCUCCCAGAAAUUCAUUAAGUCCCUGCGGAUGAGACAGCUGCAGCUAGGAAAACAUCCCGGCCUUGUUUUGACAGCAGUGAGAGGCGGCAUUCUUCACGACAGCCGUUCCGACGACACGUCAGGAGAGAGAUGGACAUCUCUGUAUCUCUCUUUCUCUUUUUCACUUUGUCCUCCUGUGUGUAUGUAACUUCUGUGUAUAUUAAUGUUUUAUAGAAAUAAAUUGAGUGUCCUGAAUGGUUGAGCA